AUGUUUAAUAUUAUAACUCUUUUUCAAACAGUGAUUGUUAAAAGAGAGAGGGCCAACCCAUUAACUCCGGUGGACCCAGAGGGACCGAGGGAACUGGCUGAAUCCCCUCUUCAUCCAGAAGCAACGGAGGAGGAGGGAGAGGAAGGGGAGGAAGGGGAGGAGGAAGAGACAUUCGACCUCUUGUUGACACCUUGUGACCCUGCACCUACAGCUCCUGCCACGGCCCCAUCCACCUCGCAUUCACCUCCUGGACCAAGUUCCCCACCCUCAUCUCCCCCGCUCUCCAACUCAAAAGAGAGCUGUCCACCAAAACAUCCCGACCCUGCACCUAUAGCUCCUGCCACGGCCCCAUCCACUUCCUAUUCACCGCCUGGACCAAGUUCCCCAACCUCAUCUCCCCUGCUCUCCAACUGCAAAGAGAGCUGUCCAGCAAAACAUCCACGGACCCGCAAAGGUGGAAAAAAAGUCAACCCAAAAAACUGCAAUUACCACGACUCAAUGGGAAGUUACCCAUAUUCUAAAAUCUGCGCGGAAAGAGUUCGAGAUGGGGUAAAGGAGGUGAAGGUGAGGUGGCUGCCAUGCCCCAAAUGCAAUUUGAGGUGGAAAGAUUCCUGGGUCCCUAAAACAGAGCUGGAAUAAUCCGGACAGAGGAGGAUGCAGUUUAUAUUUCUGCUUGUUUGACGUGUAAUUUGUUAUUUUAGAUGUUAUUGUAUAUUGUGUUAAUGUUACAUUUACUGUUUCUUGUUCUAUUUUACUGUUUUUAAAUAAAAUGUUAUUUAAAAA